AUGGCGGCCCCAAAGAUGACCAAGAACCAGAUGCGGAGGGCGAAGAAGAAGGAACAGAAGAAGGCCAAGGCAGAUACCGAUCCAACCGAACAAUCUGAUGAGCCGACCGCCGAGAAGAGGGACGAAUCGCCACAGCCGACUGAUGAUUCCGAUGUCAAGGAUGACCUGCUAGACGACGAUCCUGCAUUUGCCGCGUACAGAGACAUAUUCAACAAGUUUGGCCUAUCAUUUGCGGAAGACCAGAUUGCGAAGGAAGCCAACGCUGGCAACCAGGGCGACGUCUUCUUUGGUGACAAUGAUGAUAUUCCUGACGAGGAAGAUGAGAACCCUCAACCAAAGCUAUCAAAGAAGAAGCGGAAGCAGAUGAACAAGCUCUCCGUUGCGCAGCUGAAGGCUCUUGUAAACAUACCAGAGGUGGUUGAAUGGCAGGAUGUUUCAUCGUCGGAUCCACGACUCUUGGUACAAAUCAAGGCGCAGCGGAACGUCGUUCCCGUACCAUCUCAUUGGGCGAUGAAGAGGGAAUAUCUAUCAUCGAAGAGGGGUAUUGAGAAAUCAGCAUUCCGGCUGCCGAAAUUCAUCGCCGAAACGGGAAUUGCAGAGAUGCGCGACGCAGUGCUGGAGAAACAAGCAGAGCAGACGCUGAAGCAGAAGCAGCGAGAGCGUGUCCAGCCAAAGAUGGGUAAACUGGACAUCGAUUAUCAGAAGCUUUACGAUGCUUUUUUCCGCUUCCAGACAAAGCCGGAGCUGACGCGAUUUGGCGAGGUCUAUUAUGAAGGUAAGGAAAGCGAGGUAGACUACCAGCACUUCCGCCCUGGAGAUUUGAGCGAUGCCACGAAGGAAGCGCUCGGCAUGCCACCUGGAGCGCCUCCUCCAUGGCUCAUCAACCAACAGAGAUUCGGCACACCCCCUAGUUACCCGACCUUGAGAAUACCUGGUUUGAACGCGCCUCCACCUGCCGGAGGAUCCUGGGGCUUCCAUCCCGGCGGCUGGGGUAAGCCUCCAGUCGAUGAAUUCAACCGUCCAUUAUACGGUGGCGAUGUUUUUGGUCUUACCGCGCAAAAUGGCGCCUCUGGCCAAGCACAGGUAACGCAGCCUCAAGCACCUAACGGGGAUGCCGUGGAGCGCACACUGUGGGGAGAGCUGCAGCCUCGCGAGGAGGAAUCUGAAGAAGAAGAGGAAGACGAUGAAGAGGAAGAGUCCGAGGAUGAGGAUGUCCCUGGCGGCACCGAGACUCCCAGCGGGCUCGAGACACCAGGAGGUUACACCAGCACGGUCCAUCCGGACUAUUCACAACAAGGAGUCGAAACGUCCAUUGCCGGUGAAAUGGACCUACGCAAAGAACGACGCGGGUACGAUACCGAAGAGUCCUCUGCUCCCCGCUCCGCCUACACCGUUGUGCCUGAGCGGCAGGUUCGUGCCGAGGGCUUCUUUGGUAGCGAUCGCGCAUAUGAUAUCAACGCCGCCCAGCGCUCCGCUGCGUCUGGCAUACCCGUGCUAGGCGCAGACGACGACACUCGGAAACGAAAGAAGCCCGGCGAUGUAGACGUGGCAAUCGAUGUGGACGCGCUCAACCAGCAGGGCGGUCUGAGCAAAGACGAUUUACGGAGCAAAUACGAGGCCAGUCAUAAGGAAGAGGGCAUAGGCGCAAGAUGGGCGUAUGAUGACGAUUUGAGCCAGAUGAUUGCGGAAGAGAGCAAUAAGCGGCAGCGAACCGAGAAGGAGCACAGCGAGAGGAGACGUGAGGGCAAGUAUAAGUUUUAA